CGGGCGGCGGUUGGCGCUCGCACUGCGGGCGGAGGUAGGGAGGGAGGACGUGCAGCACCCGCGCUCAGUCUCCGCCGCGUCCAUCGACCGAAUACAUUGAAAUGAAAAUAAAAAACACCUGAUUUCACGAAGACAUUGGGCAGAACUGGUUGAAGGGGCACAAUGGAAGAAGAGGAAGAAACAACUCAUAAACAAGAGGAUGACCCACGGAUGGCGUUUAUUCAGAGCUUAUGUUUAUUGUUUUUUAGUAUAAAAGAAGAUAAAUGGGACAAGUUUUCUGCGUCAGAAGACAGCAGGCGAAUAGUGAUGGACUUUUUUGGUACAGAUGAUAUAAUGAUUCUGGUAAUCUAUAUCAAUGCACAAGGACAAUUAACUGCAAAUUUGGGAUUUCCGCCUUUAAUAAAAACUAAGGGAAUUUAUUUUGUGAAAAAAAAGAUGAUUCGUAUCACUAAUGAGAACAUUAAAGAGGAACUAUUAAUUGGUGAUAUUAGUAAUUCUCCUGUUGAACAGUUAUUAACAGUGAUCGAAGAGGUGUUUUGUCCACUUUUCACAAACACUGAUAAUAUGAUUAAAUGGCCUCAGGUUGUGUCAGAAGAUGUAGUGAAGCAUGCACAGCAGCUUAAAAAUGAUGCAUUUGUCGUUGGUGGACAACUAAAGGGGAAAGCACUCCUUGCUCUCCCAAAAAGCGCUGACACUUUGGAAAAUUCAGAUGAGGACUCCGAUAGCUCACCUGUUCAAGUGGAUAGUGCCGUUUUGCAUGCCAUUGAAUCUGUAGUUAUUGACUGGAUGCACCAAGUGAAAGAUGUUUUAACCAAGGAUUCAGCCCAAUCUUUGUUGGAUGGCUUGAACCCUCUGCCUAGAGAAGAGAUUGAUUUCUGGGACCUGCGGUUAAAGGACCUAAAGUGCCUAAAUGAACAGUUGUGGAUGCCAAAAGUACGCAAAAUUUCAGAAGUUCUGGAAAAAUCAAAGAGCAGUUAUUGGCCAGCUUUGAAAAACCUUUAUGAGGACAUCAGAGCAGGCCUGGAAGAGGCUAGCGACAUUGUUUUGUAUCUGAUACCCCUGAAGUCUUUAGUCGAUGAUGUAAUACAAACAGAUUAUGAAGAGGUGUCUCCCUAUGUUGAUAUUAUAAUGCAUACUGUCUGCUUAGUGUGGGCCAAUUCAAGAUAUUACAACACUCCUGCCAGAAUCAUAGUUAUCUUACAAGAGAUUUUCAACCUCUUCAUUGAGAUGACCUGUACAUUUUUGAAUCCAGAUGAGUUGAUGAAAGGGUUGCAGGGAGAAAUAGAAGAGGUGCUGGCAUCAAUCAACAUAGCAACAUCUAUUCUACGGAAGGUUUAUACAGCCUAUGAUAAUAACCGUGUAGGAAUGGACAAGUUCUUUAAGGACAGUGAACCAAAGUACUGGGAAUUCCCUUCACGUCUUGUAUUUGUGAGGUUGGACAGAUUUAUGCACCGCUUACAGACCAUUGAGGGGAUAUUUUCUACCACUGUUGAAUUCUUAAAGCUUGAAAAGAUUGAAGUAGGAGGGGUUAGAGGAAAUUCCCUUGGUCAAAUGGUACAACAAAUCUAUAUGGAAUUUCUAGAAGUCAUUAAAGUUUUUGCUGAUAGCAAUUACAAUUCUUUGAACGCAGACGAACAUAAAUUUGAAGAAGAUUAUGCAGUGUUUCAAAACGCAAUUGAAGAUUUUGACAGAAGAUUGAGUAUGAUAAUAUCCCAGGGAUUUAAUGACUGCUCCAACAUUGCAUCUGCUGUAAAGAUGUUAAACAUGUUUGGAUUUUUCAUCAAGCGUCCACUGAUUAAAGAAGAAAUGUUUGAGAAAUACGCAAUCAUGGUUGACAUGGCCAACAGAGAUUUAGAUGAUAUCAAGUUAAUAUUUGAUGCACACUUGAAUGAAACUGAAGAAAGGGGUGGUUUUCCUUACAUUAACAAAAAUAUGCCACUCGUAGCUGGUGAGCUGAAAUGGGCAUUGGAAGUUACUGAGAGAAUGGAAGUCACAAUGAAGUAUUUUAGAUCCUUUGAACAUACUUAUAGGUCAGAUGAUGAGGCUAAACUGCUUUUAAAUAAAUAUGCAGAGAUGAAAUCCUUACUUGAGGAUUUCAGUGGGAAAGUUUACGAUGAGUGGAUUACAAAAGUAGACGAAGAUUGCCAAUUUAAUUUGAAUCAACCCCUUAUUCUUCGUAAUGUGGCAACGGGCCUUAUUAGUGUGAGCUUUAGCAGAAAGUUGGUUGCGGUUCUUCGAGAAGUCUACUAUAUGAACAUUCUGGAGAAGGAAGACAUACCAGAGAGUGGAACAGAGGUCUUCUCCAUGAAUAAAACUUUCAGAAAUUUUGUUGACAAUUUGGACCUUAUAGUUGGAUGGUAUAACAAGAUAAAUCUUACAAUCCUUGAUGUUGAACGUCCAUUGAUAAGAAAUGAAUUGAUUGAUAUCGAUUUUAAAUUGGUUAAAGCUGAAAUGCAAUUGCAUUGGAAUGAUCCAGGUGUUUGGGAAUAUAUUCAAAAGAUGAGAAAUAUAUUAUAUGACCUUGAGCGCAGAAUUCAGAAAUGCAAAGACAAUGUAGAAAUGAUGCGCCUCAUGAUGUUGGACUGGUCAGCGAACCCUUUAUUUGAAAGAGGAGGCAAUAAAAAAGAUUCGUACUUGGAUCUUGAUGCCCGACCACAAUUGUUAAACAAAAGAUAUGGUAUUGUUCGUGAAGAUGGAGAAAAACUUCAUGGAUUAUUAGAGGAAAACAGAAUUCUUUUCAAUACGGAAGAAAAAUCUUCAAGCUGGGAGAAAUAUGUGAAUUAUGUAGAUAAGAUGGUUGUAGAAGGCUUCCAUGCAGUGGUUUUGAAGUCCCUCCGAUUUCUUCUCAGCAACAUGGAAACUGAGGCACAAAUUACACCACUCUUUGAAGUACGUCUCGAGCUCACUGAAUCUGAUAUUGAUUAUCGUCCAACAUUGGGAAUAGGCAGUGAAUUCUAUUCGCUCAUAGAAAAUUUGAUGAAUGAUAUCUAUAAACUUGUAGGUCUUGUGCCACGUUUGGCAAAACAUAGUUUCCGGAAGAAGUAUCAGAUAGAUCUGGAAGAGAUGACAGACUUGUCAGAAAUGCGAGAAGAAGUAAUGUCUCAGGUGAUAAAUGUUAUGAAGCAAGCUGAAGAAUACGAGGACUCUUUCGACGAUUAUUCAUAUUUGUGGGUGGAUGAUCGUAAUGAAUUUCUGGAAGAAUUUCUAAUAUAUGGGCGUGUGCUCACACAGGAGGAGAUAGAGUCUUAUGGUGAAGGAGGUGUUCCUCCAACUCCACCUACUCUUCAACAGUUUAAAGAUCAGAUUGACUCCUACGAAAUAUUAUAUGAAGAGGUAUUAAAAUUUGAGACUGUAAAGUUAAUAGCUCCUUGGUUUAAAAUUGAUUGCAGACCUUUCAGGCAGGCUCUUCUAAACCUCAUAAAACGCUGGAGUCUUUUAUUCAAACAAUACCUUAUUGACCAUGUAACCGACAGUUUGAAUACUUUGGAGGCUUUUAUCAACGAGACAAAUGCUGAACUAUCAAAACCAGUGAAAGAAGGGGAUUUGAAGGCCCUUAUACAAGUAAUGGGAUAUCUAAAAAAAGUAAAAGAAAGACAAGUGACCACUGAUAUCAUGUUUGAACCUUUGAAGCAAACAAUUGAACUGUUAAAGACCUAUGAUGUGGAAAUGCCGGAAGAAGUUCACACACAGUUGCAUGAUCUUCCAGAACAAUGGAACAAUACAAAGAAGAUUUCUGUUAUUUGUAAGCAUGCUGUAUCACCUUUACAAGCCAAUGAAGUUAAUGUCAUUAGAAGGAAAUGUCUCCGAUUUGAGAUUAACCAACAUGGUUUCAGACAAAAAUUUAAAAUAAAGGCACCUUUCAAGUUUGACACUCCAACUCCAUAUAAGGUUUUGGAUAAGGCUCAAAAGAAAAUUCUUGUGAUGGAAGAUGAAUUGCAAACACUGUCACAAUCAGCUGCUCUAUUUGAAGUUUCAGUUCCUGAUUGCAAACAGCUGAAAUCUUGCCGCAAAGAAAUUGUUUUGUUGAAGAACCUGUGGGAUAUGAUUAUUCUUGUUAGCUUAACAUUUGACGAUUGGAAGACGACCAAAUGGAAAAACAUUAGUGUGGAGAAUAUGGAUUCUGAUUGCAAGAAAUUUGUUAAAGACAUAAGAACAAUGGAUAAAGAAAUAAGGGCAUGGGAUGCUUAUUCUGGAUUAGACAAUUUAAUUAAGAAUACUAUGACUUCACUGAAAGCUGUAAGUGAAUUGCAGAACCCAGCUAUAAGAGAUCGUCACUGGCAACAACUUAUGCAAGCAACUAAGGUCAAUUUUGUAAUGUCAGAUGAAACAACUCUUGCAGACUUAUUGAGUCUGCAGUUGCACAACUUUGAAGAUGAAGUGCGCAAUAUUGUUGACAAAUCUGUGAAGGAGUCUGGAAUGGAGAAGGUAUUGACUCAACUGGAUAACAUUUGGACUGUUAUGGAAUUCGAACAUGACCUUCACCCCCGGACAGGAAUUAUGUUGUUGAGAGGAAGUGACGAACUUGUCGAGACAUUGGAGGACAAUCAAGUUCAAUUACAGAACCUGAUAUCUUCUAAAUAUAUUGCAUAUUUUCUUAAACAAGUCUCCAGCUGGCAGCAUAAGUUGUCCACUGCAGACUCUGUCAUUUCCAUUUGGUUUGAAGUACAGAGAACUUGGGUGCACCUUGAGAGUAUAUUUAUAGGUUCUGAAGAUAUCCGUACUCAGUUGCCUGAGGAUUCCAAGCGUUUUGAGGUCAUUGAUGUUGAUUUUAAAGAGAUCAUGGCAGAUGCAAUUAAAACUCCAAAUGUUGUCGAAGCAACAAAUAAACCUGGUUUGUAUGAUAAAUUGGAAGAAAUACAGGGACGUUUGACACUUUGUGAAAAAGCCUUGGCAGAAUAUCUUGAGACAAAGAGACUGGCUUUUCCAAGAUUCUACUUUGUCUCUUCUGCAGACUUGCUCGAUAUAUUAUCUAAUGGUAACAAUCCCGUAGAGGUGAGCGUACAUUUGGCAAAAUUAUUUGACAGUCUGUCAAAAAUGAAGUUCCAAAUGGAUGCUGAUAACAAUGUAAUGAAAAUUGGAAUUGGCAUGUAUAGUAAAGAAAUGGAAUAUAUGCCUUUUGAUGAGCCAUGUGAUUGCACUGGUCAGGUUGAAGUUUGGUUAAAUCGGCUGUUAGACAGAAUGCGUGCCACAUUACGGCAAGAAAUUGCUGAAGCUGUAACGGCUUAUGAAGAAAAGCCCAGAGAGCAAUGGAUAUUUGAAUACCCUGCACAGGUUGCUCUGACUGGCUCACAAAUUAUUUGGAAUGGUGAAGUUAGCGGUACAUUUGGAAAAUUGGAAGAAGGUUAUGAAAAUGCCAUGAAAGACUAUCUGAAAAAACAGAUCGGUCAACUGAAUGCACUUAUCACAUUACUGAUUGGCGUCUUGUCAGUUGGAGAGAGGCAAAAGAUCAUGACAAUUUGCACAGUUGAGGUGCAUGCUCGAGAUGUUGUAAACAGAAUGAUUUUAACAAAGGUGGGUAAUACUGGUUUUCCAUUUUUGCAUUCAUUACUUCAAUUUGUAGCCUAUCAAAGAUUAAUACGCCUUCAAGUCUUCAAGUUUCCAAAUCUGUGGUUUAUAUAUUUUUCUUCUUUUAGACCCUGUGCUAUGGUUGUACCUGACUUUGAACUGAUUUGUGAAAUCAUGUUGGUUGCUGAAGGUUUCAUUGAUGCCAGACUUCUUGCCAGAAAAUUUAUUACACUUUACACACUCUGUAAAGAGCUCCUUUCAAAACAGGACCACUAUGAUUGGGGAUUACGAGCUAUCAAGUCUGUAUUGGUUGUAGCUGGUUCUUUGAAAAGAGGAGAUCCAAAUCGCCCUGAAGAUGAGGUCCUUAUGAGAGCCUUGAGAGAUUUCAAUAUCCCUAAGAUUGUAACAGAUGAUUUACCUGUCUUUAUGGGACUAAUAGGAGAUCUAUUCCCAGCAUUAGAUGUGCCAAGAAAGAGAGAUCUAGACUUUGAACAGAUUGUUAAGCAGUCAGUUCUAGAACUUCAUCUACAACCAGAAGAUAACUUUGUCCUGAAAAUAAUUCAGCUGGAGGAAAUACUUCAAGUACGUCACUCGGUUUUCAUAGUUGGCAAUGCUGGAAGUGGAAAAUCACAGGUAAUGCGAUCAUUGAAAAAGACUUACAUGAACCUGAAACGAAAAGCUAUCAUGAUUGAUCUUGAUCCGAAAGCUGUGACCUGUGAUGAAUUGUUUGGGAUUAUUAACCCAGCAACAAGGGAAUGGAAAGAUGGACUGUUCUCAACCAUUAUGCGUGAUCUGGCCAAUGUUUCACAUGAUGGACCAAAAUGGAUUGUGUUAGAUGGUGACAUAGAUCCAAUGUGGAUUGAAUCUCUUAAUACUGUGAUGGAUGACAACAAGGUAUUAACUCUUGCUAGCAAUGAACGAAUUCCCCUGAACCCCACAAUGCGGUUGCUGUUUGAAAUAAGUCACCUUAGAACAGCUACACCAGCUACUGUGUCUCGAGCAGGAAUACUCUACAUCAACCCUGCAGAUCUAGGAUGGAGCCCUGUGGUAGCUAGCUGGAUUGAAGGUCGUGAGGUACAGUCAGAGAAGGCGAAUCUUCUGAUAUUGUUUGAUAAAUAUUUUCCUACCUGUCUUGAAAAGUUGAGAACAGGAUUUAAAAAGAUUACCCCGCUGCCAGAGAUCACUAUGGUGCAGACAGUUCUUCAUUUGAUGGAAUGCCUUAUGACCCCAGCCAAUGCACCUGCUGAUUCUCCCAAGGAACUCUAUGAGCUAUAUUUUGUGUUUGCUUGUGUUUGGGGUUUUGGAGGCACUAUGUUUCAAGAUCAGCUUGUGGAUUAUCGUGCUGAAUUCAGCAAAUGGUGGGUGAAUGAAUUUAAAGCUGUCAAGUUCCCAUCCCAAGGGACUGUCUUUGACUAUUACAUUGACUCAGAAACAAAGAGGUUUAUAUCUUGGUCAGAAAAAGUGCCUCCAUUUGAAUUGGAUUCUGAUUCCCCACUUCAGGCUGCCCUCGUACAUACAACAGAGACAAUUCGCCUUCGUUACUUCAUUGAUCUAAUGAUUGAAAUGGGUCGGCCAGUAAUGUUAGCAGGAAAUGCCGGAACAGGAAAAUCUGUACUCAUGGGAGAAAAGCUGAAUGCGCUUAAUGUUGAGGAAUUUGUGAUUCAGGCUGUUCCUUUUAACUUCUACACAAAUUCCGCAAUGUUACAAGCUGUACUUGAGAAGCAAUUGGAAAAGAAAACGGGUAGAAACUUUGGCCCUGCUGGAACAAAGAGAUUAAUCUACUUUAUUGAUGAUAUGAACAUGCCUGAAGUGGAUAAGUAUGGAACUGUAGCACCUCACACAUUAAUCAGACAACACUUGGAUCAUGGACAUUGGUACGAUAAGGUCAAGUUGACAUUGAAAGAUAUUCAUAAUUGCCAAUAUGUUGCCUGUAUGAAUCCGACAGCAGGUAGCUUUACAAUUGAUUCUCGGCUUCAGCGCCAUUUCUGUGUUUUUGCUGUGAGUUUCCCAGGACAAGAUGCACUUCACUCCAUCUACAGUGCUAUCCUCCAUCAACACUUAGUAAAUCGAAGUUUUCCAUCGCUCGUGGUCAAAUUCCAUACACAGCUGGUCACUGCAGCCCUUGUUUUGCACCAGAAAAUAACAGCAUCUUACCUGCCAACUGCCAUAAAAUUUCAUUAUAUCUUCAACUUGAGAGACCUUUCAAAUAUAUUUCAGGGUUUCCUGUUUGCAACAGUAGAAUGUGCAAGAAAUAAUCUUGACUUCGUUCGACUUCUCUUACAUGAAACUUCUCGAGUGUAUGGUGAUAAAUUAGUUGAUACACAUGAUAUUGAAAACUUUCCAAAACAUCAGCAGCACAUGUGUAAAUCAUGCUUUGCGGAUAUGGAAGAGUCCAGUCUUUUUCAAAUUCCGAAUAUUUUCUGUCAUUUUGCUACUGGUAUUGGAGAACCUAAGUAUUUGUCUGUGGGUGACUGGCCAACUCUGAAUAAACUAUUAGUGGAUGCUCUGGACAACUAUAAUGAAAUCAAUGCGGCGAUGAAUUUGGUUCUGUUUGAAGACGCAAUGGCUCACGUCUGUAGGAUAAAUCGUAUCUUAGAAUUUCCAAGAGGAAAUGCCCUGCUUGUAGGAGUUGGAGGCAGUGGAAAGCAAAGCCUGUCUCGCUUAGCAGCAUAUAUUAGUGGUUUAAAUGUUUUCCAGAUCGCACUUAGGAAAGGGUAUGCAGUUGCUGACCUUAAGGCAGAUCUUGCUACUCAGUAUAUCAAUGCUGGAGUAAAAAAUCGUGGAACUGUAUUUCUGAUGACCGAUUCCCAGGUGGCAGAAGAGAUGUUCCUUGUACUUAUUAAUGAUCUUUUAGCAUCUGGUGAGAUUCCAGGAUUAUUUCAGGAUGAUGAGUUGGAACAUAUUAUUGGUGCCAUGAGAAAUGAAGUUAAAUUAAUGGGCUUGCAGGACACCAAAGAAAACUGCUGGAAAUUUUUCAUAGAGAGAGUGAGAAGACAACUCAAGGUUGUUCUGUGUUUCUCACCCGUGGGUUCCAUUCUGCGGGUACGUGCUCGAAAAUUCCCUGCUUUGGUGAACUGCACAUCAAUAGACUGGUUCCAUGAAUGGCCAGAAGAUGCUUUGAUGUCUGUUAGUAGGCGUUUCCUUGCCAGCACUGAGGGUAUUGAGGAUGAUGUAAAGCACUCUAUAAGCCAGUUCAUGGCAUUCGUACAUGGAAGUGUUCAAGAAAUAUCUGCGAUCUAUCUAGCUACUGAAAGGCGCUAUAAUUACACAACACCCAAAACAUUUUUGGAACAAAUUAAACUAUAUCAAAACCUACUGUCUAGCAAAAGGAAAGACUUGAUCGCUAAAAUGGAUCGACUUGAAAAUGGUUUGGCAAAACUUGAAAGUACUGCUAGCCAGGUGGAUGAUUUAAAAAGCAAACUUGCUGUACAAGAAAUCGAGCUGCAACAGAAGAAUGAAGAUGCAGACAAAUUAAUUAAGGUUGUUGGUCAACAAACAGACAUUGUCACCAAAAAUAAAAAAAUUGCAGAUGAAGAGGAGAAAAAAGUACAAGUCAUUAAUGAGAAUGUAAAAGAAAAACAACAAUCUUGUGAAGAAGACUUGGCUAAAGCAGAGCCAGCUUUAGUUGCUGCCAAUGAAGCACUGAAUACACUAAAUAAGAACAACUUGACAGAGUUGAAAUCCUUUGGCUCCCCACCAGAUGCUGUGGUUCUCGUGACAGGGGCUGUUAUGGUCCUUUUAGCGCCAAGCGGGAAGGUCCAAAAAGACAGGAGCUGGAAAGCUGCCAAAACUAUGAUGGGUAAAGUGGAUAAUUUUUUGGAUUCACUGAUAAACUAUGACAAGGAACAUAUUCCUGAAUCUUCUCUGAAGGUUUUUCGACCAAUUCUUGGAAAUCCAAUAUUUGAUGCUGAUUUUAUUCGUACUAAAUCCAUAGCUGCUGCUGGUUUAUGUUCCUGGUGUAUAAACAUAGUAAAAUUUUAUGACGUAUUCUGUGAGGUGGAACCUAAAAGAAUAGCUCUGGCACAGGCUAACGCUGAAUUGGCAGCAGCACAGGAGAAACUUGCUGGUAUUACACGUAUGAUUACUGAACUUGAUGAAAAUUUAUCAAAUUUGACAGCUGAAUUUGAAAAAGCCACAACUGAAAAGCUCAAAUGUCAAGAAGAGGCGGAUACUACCAACAGAACCAUUUCACUUGCAAACAGACUUGUUGGAGGUUUGGUAUCCGAGAAGAUCCGCUGGGGUGAAUCUGUUGCACAGUUCAAGGAACAGGAAAAGACAUUGUGUGGUGACGUGCUCCUUGUUACGGCAUUUGUUUCUUAUGUUGGAUAUUUUACAAGAAAGUAUAGGAAUGAUCUUCUGAAUAAUUGCUGGAUGCCCUUCCUGGAAAAGCUAGAGGUGCCAAUUCCAAUUACUGAAAACUUAGAUCCACUUUCUCUUCUGACUGAUGAUGUUGACAUCGCUGCAUGGAAUAAUCAAGGAUUGCCAAGUGAUCGGACAUCAUCAGAAAAUGCGACAAUUCUUUGUAAUACUGAGCGUUGGCCUUUAAUUAUCGAUGCACAACUGCAGGGUAUCAAAUGGAUUAAAAGAAAGUACGGAGAUGAUUUGAAAAUAAUAAGACUUGGACAAAGAGGUUAUCUUGACAGCAUUGAGAAUGCUGUAUCCAAUGGUGAUACCUUACUACUUGAAAAUAUAAGCGAGACUGUGGAGCCCGUGCUGGACUCCCUCUUGGGAAGAAACACCAUAAAAAAGGGAAGGUAUAUCCACAUAGGGGAUAAAGAAAUUGAAUAUCAUCCCCAAUUCAGAAUGAUACUCCACACCAAGUAUUUUAAUCCUCAUUUCAAACCUGAAAUGCAAGCUCAAUGCACUUUGAUUAAUUUCCUUGUAACAAGAGAUGGUCUAGAAGAUCAGCUACUAGCUUCAGUGGUUGCUAAAGAGCGUCCUGACUUGGAACAACUGAAGGCAAACCUUACCACACAACAGAAUGAGUUCAAGAUUGUUCUUAAACAAUUAGAAGACUCUCUUCUUGCUCGACUAUCAGAAGCUUCAGGAAAUUUCCUUGGUGAUACAGCGCUGGUUGAGAACUUAGAGACAACCAAACACACUGCUACUGAAAUAGAACGAAAGGUGGCUGAAGCAAAGGUCACAGAGAUUAAAAUAAAUGUGGCAAGAGAAAACUAUAGACCUGCUGCGCUGAGAGCAUCUUUGCUAUAUUUCAUUAUUGAUGAUCUUAAUAAGAUCAAUCCUAUUUACCAGUUCUCGCUCAAGGCUUUUCAUGUUGUAUUUGAAAAUGCGAUUUCGCGCUCAGCACCUGCCGAUGAACUUGAAGAACGUGUUAUCAACCUCACAGAGGAAAUCACCUACUUAGUGUUUGUAUAUACCACCAGAGGCCUAUUUGAAAGGGAUAAACUCAUUUUUACAGCUCAAGUUGCUUUUCAGGUUUAUUUAAUGAAAAAAGAAAUAAACCCACUUCACCUAGACUUCUUACUGCGAUUCCCAUUUAAAGUUGGAGCCACAAGUCCUGUGGAUUUUCUUUCGCACCAAGGAUGGGGUGGAAUCUUGGUAUUGGCAGAAAUGGCACAGUUUAAGAAUCUGGACAGUGAUAUAGAAGGUUCAGCCAACCGCUGGAAGAAAAUUGUGGAGUCAGAAGCUCCAGAGAAGGAGAAAUUGCCACAGGAAUGGAAAAAUAAAGGGGCAAUGGAGAAACUGUGCAUGAUGCGAUGCAUGAGGCCUGACAGAAUGACUUACGCUGUUAGUUGCUAUGUGGAGGAGAAGUUUGGAGCUAGAUAUGUGGAGGGUCGGAGCAUGGAGUUUACAAAAUCAUAUGAAGAAAGUAGUCCUUCCACUCCGAUAUUCUUCAUUCUCUCACCAGGAGUUGAUCCGCUGAAGGAUGUAGAGGCACUAGGCAAGAAAUUAGGCUUUACCAUUGACAAUGGCAAAUUUCAUAAUGUAUCCUUGGGGCAAGGACAAGAGAUAGUUGCAGAACAGGCUUUGGAUGUGGCAGCUGAAAAUGGACAUUGGGUUAUUCUUCAGAAUAUUCAUCUAGUGGCUAAAUGGCUGAGUAUACUGGAUAAGAAAGUGGAGCAAUAUAGUAUUGGCAGUCAUGCAGAUUAUCGAGUUUAUAUGACUGCUGAGCCAGCUGGAAGUCCAGACGCACAUAAUAUUCCCCAGGGAUUACUGGAGAAUUCUAUUAAAAUCACCAACGAACCCCCAACUGGCAUGUAUGCCAACCUGCACAAAGCGUUGGACUUGUUUAAUCAGGACACCUUGGAGAUGUGUUCCAAAGAAACUGAAUUUAAAUGCAUCCUCUUUGCGCUCUGUUAUUUUCAUGCUGUGGUUGCUGAGAGGCGUAAAUUUGGAGCACAAGGAUGGAAUAGAUCCUACCCUUUUAACAAUGGAGAUCUUACAAUUUCUGUUUAUGUACUGUUCAACUACUUGGAAGCUAAUCCAAAGGUACCCUGGGAUGACUUGCGCUAUCUCUUUGGUGAAAUAAUGUAUGGAGGCCAUAUCACUGAUGAUUGGGAUCGUAAACUAUGUCGUACCUAUCUGGAGGAAUUCGUAAAAAAUGAAAUGCUUGAUGGCGAAUUUUUUCUUGCACCAGGUUUCCCUAUCCCGCCCAAUACUGAUUACAAGGGCUAUCAUGACUACGUGAAUGAAGUGUUGCCUCCUGAGAGUCCAUACUUGUACGGUUUACACCCAAAUGCAGAAAUAGGAUUCCUAACAGUGAUCUCUGAAAAGCUGUUUCGCACAGUUCUCGAGUUACAACCUAAAGAAUCAGCUGGUGAUAGCACCACUGGAGUAACCAGGGAGGAAAAGGUUAAGGGAACGUUGGAUGAAAUCCUGGAAAAACUGCCAGAAGCGUUUAACAUGCAGGAGAUUAUGGGUAAAGUGCAAGAUAGGACGCCUUAUAUUGUAGUGGCCUUCCAGGAAUGUGAAAGAACAAAUAUUUUGACCACAGAGCUGAAACGAUCUUUGAAAGAACUAAAUCUUGGUCUGAAGGGUGAACUGACUAUCACAGCUGAUAUGGAAGAUAUUUCAAAUGCCUUAUACUUUGACACAGUCCCCGAAACAUGGGCAAAUCGUGCUUAUCCAUCACUUUUGAACUUAGCUGCAUGGUUUACCGAUCUCCUCAUUCGUAUCAGGGAAUUGGAAGCAUGGAGCUCAGAUUUUUCUCUACCUAAUGCAGUGUGGCUUGGUGGUUUAUUCAAUCCGCAGUCUUUCCUCACAGCUAUAAUGCAAUCUAUGGCUAGAAAAAAUGAAUGGCCACUGGAUAAAAUGUGCCUGGCCGUGGAAGUCACAAAAAAAAGCAAGGAAGACAUGACAAGUGCUCCCAGAGAAGGAUCUUUCAUCCAUGGGCUGUACAUGGAAGGUGCACGUUGGGAUAAAAACAGUGGAGUCCUUACUGAUGCACGACUGAAGGAACUUACGCCACCGAUGCCAGUGGCAUUUAUCAAAGCCAUCCCAGUGGAUCGUCAAGAAACAAAAAACAUUUACGAAUGUCCAGUGUAUAAAACCCGCACCCGAGGUCCCACGUAUGUCUGGACUUUUAAUCUAAAAACAAAAGAGAAACGAGCAAAAUGGAUCCUUGCAGGUGUUGCAGUUUUACUACAAAUUUAAAUGAAGAUUCCGUUUAUGACAGAUUUAAAAAAAAAUUAUCUGCUUUAUUUGAAUAAAUGAUAAUUGCCACAAAUUACUAUUUAAUUGUGAUAAUUUGAUUUCA